UUGGGGGUGGAGUUUGUGUUUGAAAGAGACUGAACAAGAAUUGCUGUCUUUGUUGUUAUUUCUCUUUUAGUUUUUAGAGAAAGAGAACAAGAUGGGUGGGGGAGACCUGAACAUGAAGAAGAGUUGGCAUCCUUUGACGAUGCAAAAUCUUGAGAGAGUUUGGAAAGCAGAACAGAAACAUGAGGCAGAGCAAAAGAGGAUAGCUGAACUCCAACAAGAAAUAAAAGAAGAGAGAAACAGAGAAGAAAUGAAGCAAUAUGCUGUUGAUACCGGACUCUCAAAGGCCAGUGGUGAGAGGGUAGACUGGCUGUACCGUGGCCCAAUGGCGACUAAUAAAGAAGAAUAUUUAUUAGGAAAGAAGAUUGACAAAGCUGUUGAUCCAACACUGAUUGAGGAAGAGAGAGAGAAAGAGGCUCUUGCCAGUGGUCCAGGUGCAUUAUUUGCUGGUGGUGAAGUGAAUUCUGCAACCGACCUUGAGAUGAAGAUUAGGGAAGAUCCAUUGUUCCUAAUGAAGAAGAAAGAGGAAGAAGCCAAGAAAAGGUUACUCAAUAAUCCGGUCAAGAUGAAGCAACUUCAGGAGUUAUUAACUAAAGAAACCGACAAAAAGAAGCGAAAAUCCUCCAGAAAACACAAAUCUCGUUACCAUGACAGCGACAGUGAAUCUGAUGAUGACACUAAGAAAAAGGGCGAUCCAGUUCCUGUGUCAAGGGGUCGGGAACGAUCACCAAUCAGAUCAAGGGGGCCAGGACACAGUAAAUAUUUAGUGAGGGGGUCUGGAGGUGAGAGGAAGGGCGGAGCCACGUCAGUUUCAAGAAAAAUGGACCCAAAGGAACUUGAACGGAGGAGAAAAGAAAUGAUGUCAUUUGCAAAGAGCAGAGAUAAAGAGAGAGAGAGCAGAUUACGGAAACACGAGGCUGAAGUUAAGAAUGAAGAGCAACUCUAUGGAAAAGACGAUCAAUUUUUAAAGAAGUUACGUGUGCAAUCUAUUACAUCAUCAAAAAGUGUCGAGGACAGGAUCCACAGACACAUUCACUCAGUGCAAAGAACCAAAUCAUCAAUGAACAACUUUAUGUAACCACACCCACUUUAAUUAAUAUACUACAUGCACGGAAAGUAUACAAAUUUUAAAGAUGUUAAUAAUAUCCUGAGAUAAUUAUACGACA